AUGUCGAAAGUAUACAAGACAGUGGUUGUGUUUGCCGACCGACUAGUUCCAAGUAAACUACGUCCGCUUUGGGAACACGAAGCUGGUCCGAAAACAAUAUUCUUCUGGGCCCCAGCUUUUAAAUGGGGCUUGGUGUUGGCUGGUUUGGGUGAUUUGCAACGACCCGUCGAGACCUUAUCCAUUCCACAAUCUGCAUCACUUGCCGCCACGGGUAUCAUUUGGUCACGAUACUCACUUGUCAUAAUACCAAAAAAUUAUAGUUUAUUUGCUGUUAAUGUGUUUGUAGCAAUGACUAGCCUGUAUCAGAUUGGCAGAGCUUUCAAACACCAACAAUCAUUAGAAGCUAAGGCUAGUAAAUGA